AUGCUAUGUACUAUUGGAGGAAUAGGAGGAGGUGGUGCUGUAGUUCCAUUACUUAUGUCCUUCUUUAAAUUCGAAACAAAAGAGGCAAUCGCAAUAUCAGGAUUUAGUAUAUUUGUUUGUUCUCUUACAAGGUUCAUAUUUAAUUUCAAAUAAAAGCACCCGUAGAAGGAUGUAGUUGCGAUUGAUUAUGGAUUAGCUUCAGUGAUGUUUCCUUCUGUAAUUUUUGGCAGUUUCAUUGGAGUUAUGAUAAAUGUAAUCUUCCCAAGUUUAUAUCUGCAAAUAUUGCUGACUUUAUUGCUAAUAUUCCUAACAUAUGAUUGCACUAAAAAGGCUAUUGUAAUUUUCAAAAAAGAGAAUAGGCAAGCCAUACAAGUCAAAGAGUAACUGGAAAAUAGUUAAUCGAUAACUGAGAAAAUGAUUAAUUAAGAACAUAAUAGCGGAGGAAAAAAUAAUGAAUAAUUGGAUUAAAGCAUUAUAUAAGAUAAUAAUGAAGAUGAUAAUCUGAAAUAAAAGGAUUAAUUAAUAGAGAAAUUGUCAUCAAAGAAAAUAUUUAAAGUCGAUUUAAGCAAAGACUUUUAGAAAAAUACUUCAAAUGAAACUGAUAUCAAUCAUUCUGAAAUUCAAAAAACAAGGGACAUUAUAUUUGUUGAUGGAAGUCUAGUUAAAAAUUCAGAAAUUUAACUAUCGGUGAUUGCAACAUAAAGUUAGGUGAAAUAAGUAGAGAGAAUGAUUUAAAGAGAAAGGACUCAUUAUUAAUGGAACAAACAAGGAAUUUGCAUUCUAUUGCUUGUAGUUUAAGUCUUAAUCUCACUUUUUAGAGGAAGUAAAAAGACUCAUUCAAUUAUCGGCAUUGGAGUUUGUUCAUUCUGGGAUUGGUUCUGCUUCUCCUUCUUCUUGAUUUUUUGUGUAAUCAUAUGCUUUUUAGCAGUGAAAAAUCUCUAGAGAGAGUAAAAAUUGAAGUAAUUAGUUGGAAAGGGAUUGAUUCCUUCUGAUGUAAUCUUAAACCCAAAAAAUGUAAGAAAGCUUGUUGGAGUUGCUACUAUAGGAGGAUUAGUUUCAGGUGCUUUUGGUCUAGGAGGAGGUACAAUAUUCAAUCCGCUUUUGUUAAGUCUAGGAGUGCCACCAGCUGUGGCUUCCUCAACUGGAAUGUACAUGAUCUUAUUUAGUAAUCUUGGAUCUAGUAUAACUUUCAUGGUUUAUAAAACUCUUCAACUAGAUUAUGGACUCUGGAUAGGAUUCUAUUGCUCUCUUAGCUCGAUUGCAGGACUUUAUAUUUUGAAUAAAGUUGUGAAAAAAUAUAAUAGGCAAUCACCGAUAGUAAUAGUUUUAGCUUUAAUGAUGGGAGUAUCAGCACUUUUCGUUCCACUUUUUGGAAUAAUUGAUUUAGUUCAGGAAUACAAAGAUGGUAUUGACAUUACUUAAUUUAACAGUUUAUGCUGA